AUGAAUGAUAUGGACAAGCCCCCGACUUUGACCUGGUCCGCCCAGCUCGCCGUGACACCAUCACACCUUUCGCCCCGCCUACCAGGUGACAAAAUCACAUUACCCCAGUCCGCCCUCGAACAACUUCUUGCCGCCGCGCCGCUUCAGACAGUACCUGGCACGACGAGCAAUUCCAGAACCCACACGCCCGCUUUUGACCCGUUCAAUCCAUAUACCUUUGCCGCUGAGUCGCGCGCACGUCAGCAGAUCGAAGACCGGCAGCAGGCACUUCCUCAUCCGUUGACGUUUCGCAUUGUGAAUCCGCGGAACGAUCGGUUCGUGUAUGCGGGGAUUCGCGAGUUUUCAGCCUCGGAGAAUGAAGUGGCGUUGAGUGCGCUUCUGCGCGAGGUACUCGGGAUUGACGACGAAGAGCGAAAACAGAGGGCAAAAGCGAAGACACACACUGUAGACGGAGAUGGCGAUGAUCAUGAUGAUGAUGUAGUGAUUGAUUCAGCGCGGGAUGAAGACGCAAAUGUCCGUCCACUUGUCACUGUUCACGCGAAGCAAUUACCCAAGGGCACCUAUGUCCGUUUACGACCACUCGAGGCCGGAUACGAUCCAGAAGAUUGGAAAGCGUUACUGGAGCGGCACAUGCGGGACAAUUUCACGACACUGACGACGGGCGAGAUUCUGACUGUCCCGGGUACACGAAACGAGUCUUUCCGAUUCUUGCUGGACAAGGUCUUUCCCGAAGGAGACGGGAUCUGUGUGGUCGAUACCGAUCUGGAGGUGGAUAUUGUGGCGUUGUCUGAGGAGCAGGCUCGAGAGACACUUCAGAAGCGACUGGAGCGGGCGGCGCGAGCUCCGGGGACAUCGAGUGGGAGCUCUGUUGGAGGUGUGAUCGGCUUGCAAGAGGAGAUUGCUGCCCAGGUCAUGCCCGGGGAGUAUGUAGACUAUGAGCUUCGAGAGUGGGAUCGGGACGAAGAGCUGGAGAUUGAGCUGUCGACCGAGGAGCCGAACGUGUGGCUAUUUGCGAGUCCGCUUGCUGCCCGGCAGCAGGGACGACCGCGGGCAGAUAUGCAUGUCUGGGGCGACUUUUCGUCUGAAGGGGUUAAGACUUUCCAGAUUCGGCCAACUAACGUGGCCCUCGAGGGCGCCGAGGCCAUCUAUAUCUCUGCAUAUGCCGGUGUCUCCGAGUCCAGUGAUGAGGCGUCUGUCCCACGGCCUCUUCAAUACACACUGCGCGUGAAACGAAGCUCAUCAGCGAAGCAAAACGGGGAGGCAGGAGAAGACUUUGCAGAAAACGCCUAUGCGGCAGGGGACGUGAAAUGCAAGAACUGUCAGCAAUGGGUACCGGAGCGAACCCUCGUUCUUCACGAAAAUUUCUGCCUUCGCAACAACAUACUCUGCCCACAAUGCGACAAUGUCUUCCAAAAGCGCUCCGCAGAGUGGGAGAAUCACUGGCACUGCCCUCACGACUCUUCACACGGCAACGACCCCUUCAGCAAGCAUAGCCAUGACUCGAUCUACCACACUCCACAGUCGUGUCCCGACUGCGCUGCUCAAUUCGACGGUCUACCCAGUCUCGCUCAACAUCGCACCACCGACUGCCCCGGGAAAUUGAUCCUCUGCCAAUUCUGCCAUCUACUCGUCCCACAAAAAGGCGACUCCGAUCCCGAACUCCAUGACCCAGAGGUAGUCCUCUCCGGCCUGACACCUCACGAACUCGUCGACGGCGGCCGAACGACAGAAUGCCACCUGUGCAGCAAGAUCGUCCGCCUCCGAGACAUGAACACCCACCUCCGCCACCACGAUCUCGAGCGCGUCUCGCGCCCGCCACCCCGAAUCUGUCAGAAUCAAAACUGCGGCCGCACCCUCGCCUGGGGCGGCAGCGGCGGAAAUCAAUCCCUCGGCCUAUGCAGUAUUUGCUUCGGCCCCUUGUACGUGGACACAUACGAUCCAGAAGGCAAGGCUCUCCGCCGCCGCAUCGAACGCCGCUAUCUCUCACAACUGAUGAGCGGCUGCGGCAAACCCUGGUGUCAGAAUCCCUACUGCAAAACGGGAAAACAACAUAUUCCCCCACAAGCCGGCGAGCCCGCAUCACCAGACACCACACCAUCGAAACCCAUGAGCGUCGCCGAGAUCACCGCCAUCACCCGUCCGCUCAUCGACCCGAUCAACGUCCAUCCAGACAGCCGCAACACCGCCCCGUUCUAUUUCUGCACCGACGAAACGGGCCAAUAUCGCCGGAACCUGGCUGAAAUGGUCGCCGCAGAGGGUGCCGGUGACGGUGGCGACGACGCAGACCAGAAAUCAAAAUCAUAUGAUCUUGCCUGGUGUAUUGCUGGCGCCGAGGCUGCCGCGGGUAACUUGGAGAAAAUGCGCGAGUGGCUGGGUAGAUGGGCGCCUGCUAAGGGGGAAUCUUCGUCCGGUUUAUAA